CGGAAGCAAGGCGGACGAGGUAUUUAAGGUUCUUAUCUCUGGUUCUUAGUAUACAUUUAACAUAUAUAAGGAAUAUAGAGUUUAAAUAUAAGAGACGCUGACCGAACACAAAACCCAACUGCUCUAAAACAACAUCUAAAAUGUCUGGAGUGAAUAGCGUGGAGGCGGUGAAGCGGAAGAUCCGAGUGUUGCAGCAACAAGCGGACGAUGCGGAGGAGCGAGCCGAGAGUCUCCAGAGACGGGUGGAGGAAGAGAAGCGCACCAGAGAACAGGCCGAGUCUGAGGUGUCAUCCCUGGGCAGGCGCGUCCAGCUCCUCGAGGAGGACCUGGACCGGGCCCAGGAGAGACUGUCCACCGCCCUGCACAAGCUGGAGGAGGCCGAGAAGUCAUCUGAUGAGAGCGAACGGGGUAUGAAAGUGAUCGAGAACCGCGCCUUGAAGGAUGAGGAGAAGAUGGAGAUCCAGGAGGUGCAGUUGAAGGAGGCCAAACACAUCGCAGAGGAGGCCGACCGCAAAUAUGAGGAGGUCGCCCGCAAACUGGUGGUGCUGGAGGGAGAGCUGGAGCGCACGGAGGACAGGGCCGAGAUGGCAGAGGGGAAGCUCCGGGAAAUGGAAGACCAGAUGAGAGGUUUCGACCAGUCAUUAAAGAGCAAGCAGGCAUCUGAAGAGAAGUAUUCCCAGAAAGAAGACCGCUAUGAGGAAGAGAUCAGGAACCUGAGUGACAAACUGAAAGAGGCUGAAACCCGGGCCGAGUUCUCAGAGAGGUCCAUCAUCAAACUAGAGAAGAGCAUCGAUGAGCUCGAGGAUGCUCUGUCUGCCGCCAAGGACUCCAACAAAAAGCUUCAGGCAACCCUGGACCAGACGCUGGAGGACCUCAACAGCUGCUAGGGCCUGACCUCCUCCUCCUCCUCCAUUCCUCCUCAUACAUUCCUCCACAGUGUUCCAGUCUCACUGUUAACCCCAUCCUGCCAAUAGCCUGUCCAGGUCUGUGACGGACGUAAAGAUCUAGCCAAUACAGCCAAGGAGCUGAGUGUUAGCCAAUGCGGGGAAAGGUGAUCGGCCAAUUGCAACACAUUCCACUGCACUAAUGGGAGGGGCCAACGAAAAGCCUUGGGUCAAAGGAUCUCUUAAUGAUAGAAUUUAAGUCUAUUUUUGCAGCAAAUAAAGUGAUCAUUGGAAAUAUAACAAUUAAAAGAAGUAGAUCAUGCAAGUUCUGAAAGAUGACAAUUCUCUCCCAGUAUUUGCAGUUUCUUGCUGUGAUGUUAUUGUAAUUAAUGCAGGAUUUUUAAAAAUAAAGGGCCACAUUUAAUAGCAUUUCAUUAGUGGUGUCAUUAUUUAAU